CUUGGUAAGUUAAGUCACGUGUCGGGUGUCGGGCAAUUUUUGGCUGACAGAUGACAGGUGUAAUUUAUUUGUUUAUUAUUAAACGGUCAUAAUUAAAGACGAAAAAUUAAAAUUAUAACGAAAAUGGCAAGCAACGAAUCUUCCACAGGCAAUUCUGAAUCAGAUUUACAAACUCUUGCCUCAAUGUUUCAAGAAGGUUUAGAUUUGUAUAACAAUUUAGGAAAAAUUGAUGAGCCUACAAAUAGCCCUUUGGUGCAGUCCAAUAUUAAAAAAGCUAUACAUAUAUUUGAAAAUGCAACUCGCCUUGUAUCACUGGCUGGAAUGUUUAGUUCAAACGAAAGUGUCGAUGAAAUAGCCACAGAAGAUUUACAAUACAUGUUAUUACCCGCUCUUUUAGGGGCAUUAUGUUUGAAACUCACUUCUAGAGAUCGAAAUGAUAUCACCCAAGUUUCCGAAGUGUAUUACAAAGACUUUCUUCAGAGGUGCAGUGACUAUGGAUUACACGAGUUGAAACAAGACGAACCCGCCAUGAAAAAUUUAAGUUUGUGUGAUUCUAAAGUGCCAGAUGCAGAUACGAUUAAAACUUUUGUGAUUACAAGGGCACAGAAAAUCCAGAGAUUUAAAGAACAAAAGGAAUUGAAGUCUAAAUUGGAAGAUUUGAAAAAAAAUUUGGCAAAUGCGGAUGAAGAUUCGAAACGCGAAUAUUUUCUUACCAUGAUCAAAUUGUUUAUAUUCGAAGCAGUCGAUGAGUUAAGCUGUAUAGAAGCCGAGAAGCAAAUCUUAGAGAUCCGUGCUAAUAUGGUUAAAGAGGAUCAGCCGAAACCUAAAAGACCACCACCUCCUCCACUAAAGCCGGUGAUUAUCACUCGUGACAGUGUGCAGAAAGCGGUUUUCGGAGCAGGUUAUCCUUCAUUACCCGUGAUGUCGGUGCAGGAAUUUUACGAAAAGCGUGUCGCCGAUGGAAUAUUUCCUGAUCCUAGUGUAGCUAGCGAAAAACCUUUCUGCCUUCAAAACGCCACCCCUGACGAUAUUGCACUGAGAGAUGAACACGAGGCAGCGGAAGCCGAAAAGAAAGUUGAGCAAGAUGACGAGGAUGAGCUUGCACGGCUGCGACGGAGAGACGAAUUUAAGGAUGAACACCGUCGGGGAUGGGGUAACCGUAUGAAUCGUAGUUAAAUGUUCUGCGACAGAGACAGAUUAAUAGAUAAAUUUAAAAGGUACCUGUACGAAGCUGUAUGUAUUGUGUACGUUUUCCUACAUGGGGUGUAAUAUUUUGCAUGGUCGGUGACACUCUAAUAACUGUGUGUACAUCUUUAUAAGAAAGGGUCUGUAAAUUCAAAACUGUUUACAAUGUUAAGAUUAGGUGUUAGUUCAUUUUGAAUUUUCCUGAUCGUUUAUUAUGUAAAAGUAGCAAAAGGAAAGAUCAUUUAGAAUGCAUGUUGA